GACUCUGCCUUAGGCCAAUCUCUCUGUUUCUUUCUCUCUGUCCAGAGAGAAAAUGGCAGCAUCAACGGCACCACUUUCGUGCUUCAAACUCCAUCAUCAACCCAAUCUCCUUAAUGGCUGCAACCUCUCAUCUAACCAAACAUUCAUCAGAUUCAACUUUUCACUUCCAAAACCUCUACUCAUCUCCUCCUCACGUAGUUGCAGCUCCCGGCGAUUCAAAGCCCUCCCAGAGACCAUAACUGCAAAAUUAGAAGAGGAAGUGAAGGAGGAGGAGGAGGAUAAAACUGGUGAUCUUGAUCCUCCUGCAGCCGUUAACACUAAGCUCUACUUUGGGAAUUUGCCUUAUAAUGUUGAUAGUGCAACUUUGGCUCAGAUUAUUCAAGAUUUUGCUAACCCUGAGCUCGUUGAGGUUCUUUACAACAGAGACACAGGGCAGAGUCGUGGAUUCGCCUUUGUAACGAUGAGCAAUGUCGAAGAUUGUAACAUCAUCAUCGAUAACCUCGAUGGAACUGAGUAUCUUGGUCGGGCUUUGAAGGUGAACUUUGCUGACAAACCAAAACCUAACAAAGAACCACUGUAUCCAGAGACAGAGCAUAAGCUGUUUGUUGGUAACUUGUCGUGGACUGUUACUUCUGAGUCAUUAGCUGGAGCGUUUCGAGAAUGUGGAGAAGUGGUUGGGGCAAGAGUUGUGUUUGAUGGAGAUACUGGGAGAUCACGGGGUUAUGGCUUUGUAUGUUACUCUUCCAAAGAGGAAAUGGAAACCGCGCUUGAAUCGCUUGACGGAUUUGAGCUUGAGGGUCGGGAAAUUCGAGUUAACCUGGCUCAAGGGAAGAAAUUUUGAUAUUAUACAACAACAUUGUGGAAUCAUUUGAGUUUUUCCAUACAUUAGAGUUAUGUUAAAGCUAAACUAAUUAACUCAAAUUCAAUAAAUUUUUAUGCUUCAA